GUGUAGAUUUAGAUAAAGUAUCUCCACAGACUGCUGUUUACCGGACACGAAUUUUCUAAAAAUAUUCAUUUAUACUCCAAAAAAUUAUAAUUUCUGUGCCGUUCUAAGUUACUAAUGUGAAAUUUGACAGCCUUGUUCCGUGGUCUAUGAUACAUAUUGACACUAGAUGGAGCUGUGAAAGUCAAGGUGAAAGGUCAUUCAAUCAAAUGUGCUACGCUGUAAAAAGACUCCUAAUUUGACCAAAAAUAGCGGUCGGAAACUGACAGUAUUCAUAGUUAAACCAGCAUUUUACAAACGUGAAAAGACUUACAAAAAAAAUGGCAGCUGCUAUAAAGCACCUUCAACUGACCCAUCGUCUGGUCUCAAACAUCAGCAUGUCGGGAAUGUUGGCCAGGACCAUGACCUCUUUGUCCAUGAGCCAGGCUUGGACCACGAAGAAGGUCGUUCCGGAUGUGGUCAGUGAUAUACCACCCAACAAACUUGGGAUUCAAUAUCCAGAAAUAACCGUGAACGAGGGCAACGUCGUUAAACCAAAGCAGACAAAAAAUCCACCGGCUAUCUCAUGGGGUGUCCAAGACGAGUCCUCUUUGUUCGCACUUUGCAUGACUGAUCCGGACGCGCCAAGUAGAAGCAAACCGACUCAGAGGGAGUGGCAUCACUGGCUGGUGGUGAAUAUACCGGGAAAUAGUAUUGAAAAAGGCGAGACAUUGUCAGAAUACAUACCGGCCGGCCCCCCAAAAGACACAGGCCUGCACAGGUACGUUUUCUUCCUCUACGCCUAUCCAAAAAAGAUAAACUUUAACGAAAAGAUAUUAUCCAACACUUCGCCUGAGGGUAGAGCCAAUUUUUCUAUAAGGAAGUUCGCAGAGAAGUACAAUUUAGGGAAACCCAUAGCAGGGAACUUUUUCGUCGCUGAAUAUGAUUCGUAUGUGCCAGAGUUGUAUAAGCAAUUAGGUUUAAGUUAGUAUCGCUUUUUGUACUGAAAAAUAUAUGUUUUGUUUAUAUA